UCCUCCAUCAUCGCGCUGCUUGGUUUGUGCGUUUUCGCGUGAUAUUUUAUUCUUAAUACUAAAAAGGAUAAGAAUAGACAUAAACAUUAUAAUCAUUAUUUUAUUUUAUUUUAUUUUUUUUCAACCCAUAAGGAGCUCAGUUCUCUAUGGCAACAUCGACACGGCGGAGCAUCACCGAUCGGGGACGCGCAGGGCCGCUCUUAUCGCACAUUUAUUUAUUUCCCCGUCCCGCGUGCGCGCGCGCUUGUGGGGAGACGUGAACGCGCCGCGCUGGAAGGCUCUCACCCACCCGUCAUGGAUUAAUCCUCGCGUUGAAAAAAAAAAAAUAUAUAUAUAUAUGUAUGUAUAUAUACACACAUCAUCAUAAGGCUCUGAAAGCUUAACAUGUCCACUCCGAGUGAACUCAAGUCUCCGUGUGUGACGCGGAACGGCAUGGUCAAGCUUCCUCCCCAGCCCAACGGCCUCGGCUCGGCCAGCAUCACCAAGGGCACGCCGGCCGCCAAGAACCGUCUGUGCCAGGCAUCCUCGGUGCCCCCCAGUCUGCCGUACCACUUAGAGCCACUUCCCAUGGCCACCGACGCCAGGCAGUACGUUAAACUGGAGAGGCAGCUGGCCCUCGACGAGAAGGUGUUAAACCGGCUGCUAUGGUACUUCACCACGGCCGAGAAGUGCGCUCUGGCCCAGGUGUGUAAAACAUGGCGUAAAGUCCUCUACCAGCCCAAGUUCUGGGAGGGUGUGACCCCGGUCCUGCAUGCCAAGGAGCUCUAUAAUGCUCUGCCCAAUGGUGAGAAGGAGUUUGUGAGCCUGCAGGCGUUCGCGCUACGUGGCUUCCACUCCUUCUGCCUGGUUGGCGUCUCCGACCUGGACAUCUGCGAGUUCAUCGACAACUACCCGCUGUCCAAGAAGGGAGUCAAGUCACUCAGCCUGAAGCGCUCCACCAUCACGGACGCAGGGCUCGAGGUGAUGCUGGAGCAGAUGCAGGGCCUGCUACACCUGGAGCUUUCAGGCUGCAACGACUUCACCGAGGCGGGCCUGUGGUCGAGUCUGAACGCUCGGCUCACGUCGCUGAGCGUCAGCGACUGCAUCAACGUGGCCGACGACGCUGUGGCGGCCAUCUCGCAGCUCCUGCCCAAUCUGUGCGAGCUCAGCCUGCAGGCGUACCACGUGACGGACACGGCCAUGGCCUACUUCACGGCCAAGCAGGGCUGCACUACGCGUACGCUGCGCCUGCACUCCUGCUGGGAGAUCACCAACCACGGCGUCGUGAACAUGGUGCACAGCUUGCCCAACCUGACCGCACUCAGCCUCUCGGGCUGCUCGAAGAUCACGGACGACGGCGUCGAGCUCGUGGCCGAGAACUUGCGCAAGCUGCGUAGCCUCGAUCUGUCCUGGUGCCCGCGCAUUACAGACGCUGCACUCGAGUACAUCGCUUGCGAUCUGCACAAGCUUGAGGAGCUCGUUCUCGACCGAUGCGUGAGGGUGACAGACACGGGCCUCGGGUACCUCUCCACCAUGUCCUCACUUCGCAGUCUUUAUUUACGCUGGUGUUGUCAGGUGCAGGACUUUGGCUUGCAGCACUUGUUUGGUAUGAGGAGUCUCCGGCUUCUCUCUCUAGCAGGCUGCCCCCUGCUGACCACCACUGGCCUCUCAGGCUUGAUCCAGUUGCAGGAUCUGGAGGAACUGGAACUGACCAACUGCCCCGGUGCCACGGCCGAGCUCUUUAAGUACUACUCCCAGCACCUGCCGCGCUGCAUGGUCAUCGAGUAGGGACGGCGAAGAGCCCGCAUCCUCGUCAUCAUCGAUAAAUAACCUUCCUCCUUCAGACGAACGAACCAGACUGAUGACUAAACCCCCCAACUCAUCUUGAAGCCCACGAGGGGAAUCGACGGAAAGGACAAAGAUGGAGUCGAAGUUGAGGCAGUGCGAGAGGUAAAAGGGAAGCUGGUCAGGAUCUUCCGGAUGUUUCCGACGUAUUCGUCGGCCCUGGCUGAUGUGUGAAAGCGACAUGAAAGCGAGCGACACCGAGGCGUCCGAGGCGUCAAGCUUCCAUCUCAAAACCAUCAGCCUUUACACACGAACCAUAAAGCAAAAUCAAACUUGUUCAUCUCUCCGUUUUUCUUUUUUCUCGGAGCGUAAAAACCAGAUUCACUCAGCUACAGUAGUCCUGAACUCCAGAAAAACAAGACCAGGAGAAGCUAGGAAAAAAAGGAUGAGCGCGAAAGAGACUGAGAUUUUCCCUCUCUGCUAUAUUUACACUCUGUUUAGUGAAGUCGCCUCUAAGAAAAAAUAAAAAUACUCAAAUUAUUAGCCGUGAACAGCCGCGUAGAUUUUUUUCCUUUUUUUUUGUGUGUUUGCGUCAGCGCUGCACGCUUGAGAAUUUACUUGCGCUUUCGUUGUCAUGCCGUUCCUCUUGUGUUCCUUCGGAAAUUUUAUUUUUUUAAAGCGAUAUCUUGCGAGGAUUACUGUGACACGACUGCCGGGAACGUUUGGGAAUAAAACACCGAUCCAGGUUUGCUGAAGGAUUUCUUUCGCUCUUUCUCGAGAGACUGCUUUCCGGUGCAUUCUGGUGUUGAAAUUAGUGACGCAGGUCUUCAGUAUCGAUCCUCCGCUAACACGAAGACUUAUUGCGAUGCAGCUGCUACUGUAGAACCUAAACACGGACGAUAUGCAUGGUGCAGUUUUCCGAUCUGUUUUUUUUUUUUUUUUCCUCCGGCGCAAAUGAAUAUUUACUCAAACGUUCGGAUCGACGUGGAAACUGUAGAUAUUUAUAACUCUCAAUAACCACAGGCCUGCUUUCAAACGCUCGUUUUUCAGUCCGGUUUGACGGUUUACACUGCGUCUGUGCCUCUCUCAGGCCAUCACCAGGUACAGAUACUAUACACACACACACAUGCGAUGCUGAAAAAGUUUGUAAAGCUUGGCUUUUACAUCCUCUUCUGCACCGCCAUGAUGACAUUUUGUGCGAUUAAAUCAUCUCUGAUGUUACUGUAGAUAAUAACAGCGUAAAAAUGUAAAUUAAAGGUACAAGAGCAGUUUUUAUUUAUUUAUUUAAUUUCCUGCCUCAAUGAACAGCAUUGCAGGUUGUGUUAGCUCUGAGCAUGCUCCAUGA